AUGAGACUGCAAGGACCAAGGAGAAGUACUUUUAAUGCAAGCAAAUACUCUUCAUUGACCAGCAUAUGCAAAAGGAGUCUUCUCUUUACUACUGCGGCUCCUGCAAGAAAAAUCUGCCUGCUCCUGUUGCUCUCCAAUCUGCAGAAACCCACCUGGAGUUCUCAGGUUGAAACUAAAAUUGACUUUGAUUUGGCACCAGAUUCCUUUGAUGAUCAGUACCAAGGCUGCAGCCAGCAGGUGAUAGAGGCGCUAAAACAAGGGAAUUAUUUCACAAAAGAACUGGAAGACCACAGGAAUUACUCCAGUGCCUGGCAGAAAGCUUACUUAACUUGGUUGAACCAACAUAAAGCUCUCCCCAGCAACAUGACUACUGCACAUGCUGUGGCCAUUUUGGUUUAUACUUUGAACAAAAAUGUUCGCUCGGAUUUCACUAAAGCCAUGGCCAGCGCUGGCAAAUCUCCCCGACAGUACCAUCAUUCGUUCCACUUCAAAUAUCUACAUUACUACCUGACCUCAGCAAUUCAGCUGCUGAGGAAAGAAAUCGUCUUGAAGAAUGCCAAUCUGUGUUAUGAGGUGUAUCACCGAUCCACAGAUAUCUCCUUUAAACCCCACCCAGGUGCCAUCAUUCGAUUUGGACAGUUUCUCUCCACUUCCCUCCUACGGGAAGAAGCACAGACAUUUGGGGACCACACAGUGUUUAACAUAUCUACCUGUCUGGGUGCAUCUGUGGAAAACUUUUCCCUCAAGAAGGAGAUCCUGAUCCCACCCUAUGAGUUGUUUGAAGUCGUAAACGUGAGCCACGGAAGAGGAAAUUGGUUGCAAUUGCAGUCAGCUGGAAAUCUAAGCACAUAUAACUGCCAGCUGCUAAAAGCUUCCAGCAACAAGUGUGUCCCUGCUCCUUUAGCUACUGCUUCCCUCUUGCUUUUGACCAGUGUCAUCAUCACUUCCUGA